GCACGCGUACAGAGUCAGUUAAAGGGAGAAAGCUCGCAGUACAAACCUCUGAAUCCUCCAGCCCUUGCCUGGGGAUCUGCUGCCUUGUUUGCCUGGGCUGGCCCAGUGGUGGCCCUGCAGUGGUGCAUGGAUCCUCUCGGAGGCUCGAGCCUCUUUCUGUGUGUGCACAUGGAGACUGGGCAUUCAGAACAAGAUCAGUUUAGGCCUGCCCUUUCCCUGGGUCUUGCUAGGGCACUAGUGAGGGUGGAGGUUGGCCCACCAUGGCUCUCCUCCAGCCCGUUCCCAGCAGGAGGCCAGCCUGUCCCCCGUCUCACCCUCUGGCUCUGUCCCUGUCCUGCAGAAAUCAUCGAAGAGUUAAUUAAGGAGGAUGGAUUCCAGCCACAAGCCCUGCCCUUCCUCUCCAAGGCGUCUGCCAAGGGCACGGCCAAGCUGGUGCCCAGGGGUUCAAACCCAGCCGUUCCCUCUGGGAUGCUGAGGCUAAUGGAGCCGACAGGACCUAGCCCACUGCAAGGCGGCUUGCCCUCCUUUGGAAGCUCCCAUCCCGCCGUGGCUCAUGUCCUGCCACUGGACUCUCAGCCUCCCCUGCUCUCGCAGAGCCUCAGUAGCCUGCAGCUGACGCCCAGGCUGGUGCCCAGGGGGACGACUCCACCCCCUGCCAGCCGGCCCAAGUGGCCUUCGCCCAUGCGCUCGCCAAAGGAGCAGUUGGAAGACAUGCUGGAGCCUCCCAGGCUGGUGAUCACCGAGCAGCCGAAGCAGCGGGGGAUGCGCUUCCGCUACGAGUGCGAGGGCAGGUCAGCAGGCAGCAUCCUGGGCGAGAGCAGCACGGAGGCCAGCAAGACCCUGCCAGCCAUCGAGCUGCUGAACUGCCAGAAGAUCCCUGAGGUGAAGGUGAUUGCGUGCCUGGUGUGGAAGGACUGGCCCUACCGCAUCCACCCUCACAGUCUCGUGGGGAAAGACUGCAACAAUGGGCUCUGUGAGGUCACCCUGAGGCCCCAGACCAACCCCAAACACAGUUUUAACAACCUUGGCAUCCAGUGCGUGAAGAAGAAGGAGAUCGAGGCAGCCAUAGAGAAGAAGCUGCAGCUAGGGAUCGAUCCAUUCAAAGCUGGCUCCCUGAAGAAUCACCAGGAGGUGGACAUGAACGUGGUGAGGAUCUGCUUCCAGGCCUCAUAUCAGGAGCCCUCAGGACAGAUCCGGCACCUCAACCCCGUCCUCUCUGAGCCCAUCUUUGACAAGAAAUCCACCAACACGUCAGAGCUGAGGAUCUGCCGGAUGAAUAAGGAGUGCGGGCCCUGCACGGGUGGGGAGGAGCUCUACUUGCUCUGCGACAAAGUCCAGAAAGAGGACAUUGCCGUGGUCUUCCGGAGGGACGCGUGGGAGAGCAAGGCGGACUUCUCGCAGGCCGACGUGCACCGUCAGAUAGCCAUUGUCUUCAAGACACCCCCGUACCAGCACCUGGACAUCCUGGAGCCGGUGGAGGUGGAAGUGUAUCUGCAGCGCCUGACAGACAGCGUCUGCAGCGAGCCCUUCCUUUUCACCUACCUGCCCAAGGACCACGACACAUAUGGGGUGCACGUGAAGAGGAAGCGGGGGAUGCCAGAUGUCCUGGAGGAGCUCUCAGCAUCAGACCCUCAUGGGAUUGAAGCCAAGAAGAGGAAGAAGAAGCCAGGCUACAUGGACCAUUUCAUCAUGCCCCAGACAGCAGGGCCUACCUCCAGGAGACCAGCUGAGACCAAGGGGCAUGGAGAGAGAAUGACAGCACCGCCCUCCCCUAAGAGUGUGGGCCCUGAGGAGUGUGGCUGCCUGGGAAUGCUCCACCUGCAACUGGAGUUCCACAUCCCAGCCUGUCCAAUUCCACCUCCGAGCAGCCUCCUCACUGUCAGCAUAUUCACUCUGCAGUUCCCCUUGCUGAACUCCCUCCAGGAGCUGAGGUGCUGGCUCGCUGGGGCAGGACCUGGCCAGAGGGGCUCUGCGUGGGCACUGUGCCCAGGUUUGACUGCAUAGGCUGCUGCAGGGGUUCACGCUUUGCACUAUAUUUAUAGGGGUUAGUUGUAGCCAGCACUUCCCUGCCAUAAAUGAGGCCACCUCAUGGCAAAGGUCGGGGGGGGGGAGGCACACGGACACUGUCUGGCCCCCAAAUCCUGGCCAGUCAGGGUGGAAGAAAUUUAAGGUCUGCUCCUGCUCCCGUUGUAGCCAAUGGCCAGGCUCCCCUGGCCAGAGUGAGGACAGCUGGGCCACUGGCUUUGCUAUUAAUAAGGGGACAGUUUGAAGAUCUUCCUGAAGGCCAUGCCUUGUGCAGGCUGGAUGCCCCGUCCGCAGCAGUCCCUGCACCUGCUGACCUGAGGAGGGUGGGACUAGAACACAGCCUCACACCUGGCCGUGCUGAGAUGCCAGCUGGAACGGAGCCGCUGGGGAACUGGGAGCCAGGACACCUAGGGUCUGUCCCCAGCUCUACCACUGACUCACUCUGUGGCCCUGGGUAGGUCACUCACCUCUCUGUGUCUGUUUCCCAAGUUGUAAAAUGAGGGUGAUGCUGCUCACCCACCACCCAGGUGUGUUGUGACAGAUGGUAAUAAAAAACAAUACUUCUCUA